GCGCAGCUCCCCUUCUAGAAUGUGCGGAACCUCGGAAAAGUGUCAAUAGGAGACCGUGUAGUUUGUCAACUUUGUCAUCGGGGUUCUGUCAAAUUCCUGACACCGGACGUACGCGAGAUCGUCUCCGUUUGAGUUUUUAUCAUCGCGACCAUGGGCGACGACAUCGAAGGGGAGCGGCAACAUCUCCUUAAAAAUGACACCUCUACGUACAGUACAAAUGACAUGAUAGGUGCCUCUCAAGAAGAUGGGAACACGGUCUCUUCUAUAGGGCCCAACGAGUUACCUCCGCCUUACCAGUCUAAUGCAAAUGCAGUGCCGAUGGUGACAUGCAGAGUGUGUCAGGCACUGAUUAAUAUUUCUGGCAAGAGAGAUCAGCAUGUUGUUAAAUGCCCUCAAUGUAACGAAGCUACGCCCAUAAGGAACGCACCACCUGGAAAAAAAUAUGUGCGUUGCCCGUGUAACUGCUUACUCAUAUGUAAGAGCUUUUCGCAACGUAUCGCCUGUCCUAGGCCAAAUUGCAAGCGUAUCAUUAACCUUGCACCUAGUCCUGUUACUCCACCUGUACUCUCUAUGCCGGGAAUGUGCAGAGUCGGCUGUGCACAUUGCCAUGAUACGUUCUUGUUUAAUUCGCUCAAUAAUUCCUUAGCCAGAUGUCCACACUGUCGCAAGGUUUCCUCCGUCGGACCAGACUUUGCUAGAGGCAGAGGAAUUACAUACAUUAUAAUUGGCAUUAUUGCCUUUGUUGUCGGCAUUGCUGUGACGGUUGGAACAUAUUCAUACGUAAAAACUAACGGAGGAAUUUAUGUGGCAUAUGUUGGUGCAUUCCUGAUAGCACUGUUAUGCUUGGGUCGCAGUAUCUACUAUUAUAGAAUGAAGAUUAGUUUUAUAGAAGGACCCAUCUAGUCUUUUUAUGGAAGAUCUAUGGAGAAUUAUGUCAGAACCCUAAUUCUUCCAACGUCGAUGUCGUAUAACCGAUUUAGAUCACACAUCGCAGUAAUAAAGCGUAAGUCCAUGUAUAUGUGCAAAUAAGUACGUAUGCGGAUUGCAAGUGUUGAUGUACACAUUGACACGCCGAUAUUAUGCAUAUAUAACGUAUAACAAAUCCAUACACGAAGCAGAGACACACGUAUACAUAUGUGCAGUUAAGUGCAUUUUCUAAUCUCUGUUUGCCUAUGUCAUUAUCUAUACCCAAAAUAAAUAAUAGAACUAUGUAAGAUCGAAUAGCUGGGGCCUGAUUUAUACGGUUCAUGACAAUGGAUGCAAAUGAGAUCAAUGAUUCAACAUGAACGCGAUAUUAAUGGAUUGACUGAGGCAUUAAAAGCAAGCGUAUUUAUAUGACAAUGUUAACUAUGGAAUGUAUUUACCAUUUAAAUAUUUUGAACAUUUUGAACGUUUGAGUCCCAUUCGACGUUCGGCUAUUAAGUUGCAUGCGUCUUUAAGAAUAUUUAGGGCAGGAGGAUGAAGGGUUAAUCGAAAUGACGAGCCAUAAGUCAGAAUUGUGCAUUUCCGAAUAAUGUUUUUUCCACUAUGUGCAAGCGAAUUGACACAUGCUAACUUUUAAGUAUGUGAGAAAAUUCAUGGUUGUAUUCUGAAGAAAUAAUAAUCCUUACGAACAAUA